AUGGCUGAAAAGGUAUCACGAAGUUGUAACCUAAGCCAAAGCUGUGCACUGACUUUUAGAGCCAUCACUCUUACAUAUCUUAGAGUUUGUACUCAAGUCAACAAAGGAGAACAUCCAUCUUCACUGCAGGCAUUGUUUGGGAUUCAACAGAGGAUACAGACAUCAAAGCAGAUACUCGACUUUGGGUUUGGCUACAACCUACAAGAGCCUACUACAGCUAGGUUUGCUUUGCUAAGCACUGGUUCUGUCCGGGCAAAAAAUUCCAUAAACACCUUGUUUACAAGUAUCAUUGAUGCUGCCUCAGGUGCCAUCGCAUACUAUCUGUUUGGGUUUGCUUUUGCCUUUGGUACACCAUCUCGUCCCUACUACGGCCAAUGGAGUGCGAUAGGGCGAACUGCUGUCACCACGACACUAGCUGGAAGCUCGGCGGCAUUAAUCACCUUGUUUUGUAAGCGUCUUCUUGUUGGUCACUGGAAUAUUUUCCAUGUUUGUAGCGGGUUACUCAGUGGCCUUGUUGCCAUAACAUCGGGUUGCGCAAUCGUAGAACCUUGGGCCGCAAUCCUUUGUGGUUUUGUGGCGUCUUUAACUCUGAUCGGGCUAGAGGAGCUGGCUAAAAAACAUAGAUACGAUGAUCCACUGUUGGCUGCACAGCUACACGGCGGCUGCGGUGGUUGGGGAUUAAUCUUUACAGGACUGUUCGCCAAUGAAAAGUAUGUUAACGAAGUGUAUCCUCUAGAAGGUGGUAGGCCGUAUGGCCUCUUUUUGGGAGGUGGAUCAAAGCUACUUGUAGCACAGAUCAUUGGGAUACUUGCGAUCGUCGGUUGGGUGACCUUAACGAUGGGACCAUUGUUUUAUUGGUUACAUAAGACCAAUCUUCUGAGAAUUUCCGAGGAGGAAGAGGUGGAGGGAAUUGAUAAAACAUGUCACGGUGGGGUCGCAUACAAACUGGAAAUGGACUAGACGAUGGAGUCCGUAGCCGGUGCUUGAUUUUUAUCUACUUACUAAGAUUAUAUUCCGUAAACAAAAUAUCUAUAGUGCGAAUUAUGUUCCACUACGAUGGAAGAACAUAUUGUAUUAGUAAAAAAAAUGACAAUGAAAAUAUCUUAUACUAGUA